GGGGAAUUAUUUGACGCCACCGCCCCUGGCAGUCGGAAGUUGCUUGAACGGAGCCCAGCCGGCCGGCCAAGCGACCGGUGUUCGUCGUCCCCUGGGCGCCCUGUGAGAGUCACUGACGGGUGGACAGACUGACUGCCGGUGGAGGGCCGGCCGGGGCAGUGGCAGCGCGGGCCGGAUGGCGCGGGUCGCGUGAGGCGGCUGGCCGAGUGCGGCCCGCGGUGCGCCCGCCCAGCGAUGCGGGCCCCGCCCGUCGCCUCAGGUGCCAUUUGGAUAGUACUUUAGUGGCACAAUGUACUCUGAGUGGCGGUCACUGCAUUUGGUGAUUCAGAAUGAUCAAGGCCACACCAGUGUGCUACACAGCUAUCCAGAGAGUGUUGGACGAGAGGUGGCGAAUGCGGUGGUCCGUCCUCUUGGGCAGGCAUUAGGUACCUCUUCAGUGGCUGGUAGUGAGAGUUUGUUAAAAACUGACAAAGAAGUAAAAUGGACCAUGGAAGUAAUUUGCUAUGGACUGACCCUUCCGUUGGAUGGAGAGACUGUAAAAUAUUGUGUUGAUGUAUAUACAGAUUGGAUUAUGGCUUUGGUGUUGCCAAAAGACUCUAUUCCAUUACCAGUUAUUAAAGAACCUAAUCUAUAUGUUCAAAGUAUAUUAAAACAUCUACAAAAUCUUUUUGUACCAAGACAGGAACAGGGCUCCAGUCAAAUCCGACUAUGCUUACAAGUUCUAAGAGCCAUUCAGAAACUGGCCCGUGAGUCAUCCAUUAUGGCUCGAGAAACCUGGGAAGUCUUACUGUUGUUUCUUCUGCAAAUUAAUGACAUACUUCUGGCCCCACCAACUGUUCAAGGUGGCAUUGCUGAGAACCUAGCAGAGAAGCUGAUUGGUGUUCUCUUUGAAGUUUGGUUACUAGCUUGCACCAGGUGCUUCCCAACACCUCCGUAUUGGAAGACAGCCAAGGAGAUGGUGGCUAACUGGAGGCACCACCCUGCAGUGGUAGAGCAGUGGAGCAAGGCCAUCUGUGCACUGACCUCCAGAUUGCUCCGCUUUACAUACGGUCCUUCAUUUCCUCCGUUUAAAGUUCCUGAUGAAGAUGCCAAUCUGAUCCCUCCAGAAAUGGACAAUGAGUGUAUUGCACAAACAUGGUUUCGAUUUUUACAUAUGCUAAGUAAUCCCGUGGAUCUGAGUAACCCAGCCGUUAUAAGCUCAACCCCCAAGUUUCAGGAACAGUUCCUGAAUGUGAGCGGGAUGCCACAGGAGCUGAGCCAGUACCCCUGCCUUAAACAUCUGCCUCAGAUAUUCUUUCGUGCCAUGCGUGGAAUCAGCUGUCUGGUGGAUGCAUUCUUAGGCAUUUCUCGACCUCGAUCAGACAGUGCUCCCCCAACACCUGUGAACAGAUUAAGUAUGCCCCAGAGUGCUGCUGUGAACACCACACCACCACAUAACCGGAGGCACCGGGCUGUUACCGUGAACAAGGCCACAAUGAAGACAAGUACAGUUACUACUGCUCACACCUCAAAAGUCCAGCACCAGGCAUCCUCCACUUCUCCUCUGUCCAGUCCAAAUCAGACUAGUUCAGAACCCAGGCCGCUGCCUGCCCCCCGAAGACCAAAGGUUAACAGCAUCUUGAAUCUCUUUGGAUCGUGGUUAUUCGAUGCAGCAUUUGUUCACUGUAAACUUCAUAAUGGAAUAAACAGAGACAGCAGCAUGACUGCCAUUGCAACACAAGCUAGCAUGGAGUUUCGACGGAAAGGGUCCCAAAUGUCAACAGACACCAUGGUUUCCAAUCCUGUGUUUGAUGCAAGUGAAUUUCCUGAUAACUAUGAAGCAGGAAGAGCUGAGGCUUGUGGGACAUUAUGUAGAAUUUUUUGUAGCAAGAAGACUGGAGAAGAGAUUCUGCCAGCUUAUUUAUCCAGAUUUUACAUGCUUUUAAUUCAAGGUUUGCAGAUAAACGAUUAUGUAUGCCAUCCUGUGUUGGCCAGCGUUAUUCUAAACUCCCCUCCUUUGUUCUGCUGUGACUUGAAAGGGAUUGAUGUUGUGGUUCCUUACUUUAUUUCAGCUCUUGAAACCAUUUUGCCUGACAGAGAACUCUCAAAAUUCAAAAGCUAUGUAAAUCCAACAGAAUUGAGAAGAUCAUCUAUUAAUAUCCUGCUUUCUUUGUUGCCCCUCCCUCAUCAUUUUGGCACAGUCAGAUCUGAGGUGGUCCUAGAAGGAAAGUUUAGUAAUGAUGACAGCUCUUCUUAUGAUAAACCAAUAACUUUUCUGUCCCUGAAGCUGAGACUUGUGAAUAUACUAAUAGGUGCCUUGCAAACAGAAACGGACCCCAAUAACACCCAAAUGAUACUAGGGGCAAUGUUAAAUAUUGUUCAAGAUUCUGCACUUUUAGAAGCCAUUGGUUGCCAAAUGGAAAUGGGUGGCGGAGAAAACAACCUGAAGAGUCAUAGUCGCACCAACAGUGGCAUUAGCUCAGCAAGUGGAGGAAGCACAGAGCCUACAACCCCUGAUAGUGAGAGACCUGCUCAAGCUCUUCUGAGGGAUUAUGCUCUUAAUACAGAUUCAGCUGCCGGGCUCCUGAUUCGCAGCAUUCAUCUCGUCACUCAACGACUCAACUCCCAGUGGCGGCAAGAUAUGAGCAUAUCCUUGGCAGCUCUGGAGCUUCUCUCUGGCCUGGCAAAGGUGAAGGUAAUGGUUGACUCGGGAGACCGGAAGCGUGCCAUCAGUUCUGUGUGCAGUUACAUCGUAUACCAGUGCAGUCGGCCAGCUCCUCUCCACUCCCGGGAUCUGCACUCCAUGAUAGUGGCAGCAUUUCAGUGUCUCUGUGUCUGGCUGACAGAGCACCCUGAUAUGCUGGACGAAAAGGAUUGCCUUAAGGAAGUACUGGAGAUUGUAGAAUUGGGUAUCUCAGGAAGCAAAUCCAAGAACAGUGAGCAAGAAGUCAAGUACAAAGGUGAUAAGGAGCCGAACCCUGCGUCCAUGAGGGUAAAGGACGCCGCAGAAGCCACUCUAACAUGCAUCAUGCAGUUGCUUGGCGCAUUUCCUUCACCCAGCGGUCCUGCCUCUCCUUGUAGUCUGGUGAAUGAGACUACUCUGAUCAAAUACUCCAGGCUGCCAACCAUAAACAAGCAUAGUUUCCGGUACUUUGUUUUGGAUAACAGCGUCAUCCUGGCGAUGCUCGAGCAACCUCUUGGAAAUGAGCAGAAUGACUUUUUCCCCUCUGUCACUGUGCUGGUCCGGGGAAUGUCGGGAAGACUUGCGUGGGCUCAGCAACUUUGCCUUUUACCUAGAGGAGCAAAAGCAAAUCAGAAGCUUUUUGUGCCUGAACCUCGCCCAGUUCCUAAAAAUGAUGUUGGAUUUAAAUAUUCUGUGAAACAUCGGCCAUUUCCUGAAGAGGUGGACAAGAUUCCUUUUGUAAAAGCAGACUUGAGCAUUCCAGAUUUACAUGAAAUUGUCACUGAAGAAUUAGAAGAGAGGCAUGAAAAAUUAAGAAGUGGUAUGGCACAGCAGAUUGCUUAUGAGAUGCACCUGGAACAGCAGAGUGAGGGGGAAUUGCAGAAGCGAAGCUUCCCUGACCCUGUGACGGACUGUAAGCCCCCACCUCCUGCCCAGGAAUUCCAGACAGCCCGCCUUUUCCUUUCUCACUUUGGAUUUUUGUCCUUAGAGGCAUUGAAGGAACCUGCAAAUAGUCGUCUACCUCCUCACCUUAUUGCACUCGAUUCUACCAUACCUGGGUUUUUUGAUGACAUUGGGUAUCUGGAUCUCUUGCCAUGCCGGCCUUUUGACACAGUUUUUAUUUUCUACAUGAAACCAGGUCAGAAAACAAACCAAGAGAUUUUAAAGAAUGUCGAGUCUUCCAGAAAUGUUCAGCCACAUUUUCUAGAAUUUUUGCUUUCACUGGGCUGGUCAGUAGAUGUGGGAAGACACCCCGGUUGGACGGGACAUGUGUCCACCAGUUGGUCAAUUAAUAGUUGUGAUGAUGGCGAAGGGUCUGAACAAGAUGAAAUAACAUCCUCUGAAGACGUUGGGGCUAGCAUUUUCAACGGGCAGAAGAAGGUGCUGUAUUAUGCUGAUGCCCUAACAGAAAUAGCUUUUGUGGUUCCUUCUCCUGUGGAGUCAUUGACUGAUUCCCUGGAAAGUAACAUCUCAGACCAAGAUAGUGACUCAAAUAUGGAUCUUAUGCCGGGAAUUCUGAAGCAGCCACCCCUGACACUUGAGUUGGUCCCUAAUCACACAGACAGUCUUAAUUCCUCACAGAGGCUCAGCCCCAGUUCCAGGAUGAAGAAGCUGCCGCAGGGUCGGCCUGUGCCCCCGCUCGGACCUGAGACAAGAGUAGCUGUAGUCUGGGUGGAACGCUACGAUGAUAUAGAAAACUUUCCGCUCUCAGAUCUGAUGACAGAGAUCAGCACUGGUGUGGAGACUACUGCAAAUAGUAGCACUUCUCUGAGAUCUACAACUCUUGAAAAAGAAGUCCCAGUAAUCUUCAUUCACCCUUUAAACACUGGAUUGUUCCGGAUAAAAAUCCAAGGAGCCACUGGAAAAUUUAACAUGGUCAUACCUCUGGUUGAUGGGAUGAUAGUCAGCCGGCGAGCACUUGGCUUUCUGGUGAGACAGACAGUAAUAAACAUUUGUAGAAGAAAGAGACUGGAGAGCGAUUCCUACAGCCCACCACAUGUCCGUCGGAAACAGAAAAUCACUGACAUUGUCAACAAGUAUCGGAACAAGCAGUUGGAGCCAGAGUUCUAUACUGCCCUUUUCCAGGAGGUUGGACUCAAGAACUGCAGUUCUUAGAAGGUAGUUCGUCUAGGUCAGUGAACUCCAGAGUGGGCUCUAACAUCAAAGCAAGACAGUUCUGUAAAAAUCAAAGCUAAUCACUCCCAAGAGCUCUCUGUUGGCUCACCAGAAGAACGAUGUGAAGCCACUGGCUUGAAGCCCAGCUCUCCAGUGAAGGGACCCUGCACCGUCACACUCCUGCUGAAAAUAACAACAAGCAUUUUAGCCAUAAACUUUCUUUUAAAAGUGACAAUUUUAGUAAAAUACUAGCCUUUUGAAGAAAAAGGCUUUUAUGCAUCAGUUAAAUACAUGCAUUGAUAGUGUCAACAAGUUUGCAAGUUAGAAACUGAAGAUAGUUUUAUACCUCGCUUUUUAGGAGGGUGUAUUCAAAAUUAAAAUCUGUCUCAGAAUCUUCCAGAACUUUUUAGGCUCAAGUUGACACUGUGGAGAAGGAAAGGCUGCAGUGUUGUCUCGUGUGAAUCCAUUUGUCACCCCUGUCACACUGACAGGGUGAAACAUAAAUGAGUUUUGUUCAGAUAAGAAGUCUGACAUUAAAAUAUUUCCUAUUUUCUCUCCAUAUUUAACAAGGUGUCCCUCUCAUCGCUGUGGAGCCCUGUCCCAUGGCUAAGCAGGCAUGGAGGCCCCGCUGUGUUCUCUGAAGGGUAUGCUAGUCAUGUUUGUGGGUAAAAGCUGUGAGAGAGAGCAGCGCCUCCCCUCUCCAUUGCUGUUCAGUUUACUGGACAGGCGAUAGAUAGGUCAGGCAUGGCUCCUUCAUUAAAUACCAAGAAAUGUGAGUUCAUAGCAGUGGCUCAGAAGUAUUUGGCUUCAUCCAUCAUUGAUUUCAGGACCAAACUGCAAGCCGCAGUAGUUGCUGAAGGGUUCUAAUUUGUGGCUCAGGAAGUAGCGUCGUCGCACUCAGCUCCUUAGAGAGCACCUAGCCCACAGUCCACAGAACUCAGUGCCACCGCCUUAGGUGGUGGUGCUGUGUGCUUUCUGGCCUUAGCCAGAUGAAGGCACAGGCCACCACCAGGGCUCUGGAAUAUUUCUGUCACCUCACUGCUGCUUUUCUGCCAGGGACAAAGCUUAGGAGGUGGCCAAAACCAAACUGUUUUAGAAGGACUCCUGUUACAGUGCUCAGUAUGUACCUGUUUUUAUGUUCUCCUUCAGUAAGAUUGUUUUGUCUUACAAGUGACAUACAUAGUCCAAAGAGAAAUAAUCACACUUGAAUGGGGGUGUUCUCACUGGCCCUCUGUUGUCGUUAAAGCGUAAAUCAGGAUUCCACUGUUGGGUUUGAGGGUUAUUUCUUUUCUAGGAUAUCAGGGGCAGUGUUGGGCCGGCUCUCCUGUGCAGGUGCCUCCAUUCUGGGCAUGUGUGCUCUGCCGUCUGGGAGUAAGAACCGUGGCUGUAGCAGUCCUUGGCCUGAAGUUUGCCACCACCCUUUUUUUCCCCUCAGCUCAGGUACAGACAUCCCCCCCCCCCAGCUCACCCCCAUCUUGCUUGUCUUUUUCUCCCCUGUGAGUCCAGUUUCCGUUUGAGCCGUUUGUCUUUGAUUCCCUUUGAGUCAGGCAAUAAUCUAAUGUUUCCAGGUAAUACGCUGAGGUGGGGAAUGGUAAAAAUUAGUGAGUUUUACCCUAAAAAUAUUCUAGUAACUCAGCAAGACUAGGUGAAAUUGAAUAUCUAAGAUGCUUCCAGAUUUGACCCUUCAUGGGCAGAGUGGGUUCUUGUUCUAUCAAAGGUGAGCAAAGAAUUUAUACGUACACUUGCAACUUCUGACAUUCCAGAGGGUACAAAUAACUGAUAAGGAUGCACUUCCUUAGUGUGAUUCUUCUGAAAACCUUGUUUGGAUGUUUUUAAAAAUUAUAUCAGAAAAAUAACAUAUGGGUUAUGUAUGUUGUGGUGGGCUUACUGGCCUUUCCCCUUCAGUUGACUCUGAUUUUUGAUAACUCUGUAAUUCUGAUUAUUUUGGUAAGAGAACAGCCAUGGCAGAUGCAGUUGUAUUUUGGGGCAUGCAGUGUUUCCCCAAGGAAAAAGCCCCCCCCUCCCCCGCAAAGACAGAAGUCCUGGUGUGCAUAGCCAGCAGAACUUGGAAUACACCCCUUCCCUGGUUACUCCUGCUCCACACACCAUCUACUCAACAAAAGACUGGGAAGCAGAGCCUGGGGCCUCUGCCGAGGGGUUUGGAAUCCUGCUCCCUGAGUGCCUCCUGCCUGCACUCAGAUCACUUGGAACAGAAUUGUGUCAGAGGAGUAUACUUAGGACCUAACAAUCAUCUCAGUAGUUCACUUGAUAAAUUUGCAACCACAGGUUCAGACACUUUGGGGGGAACUGGGACCAGUCUGGACUAUGGCUUAAAUUAUUCAGUUGCUGUACUUGGAUACCCAGGCACCUUCAAGCAGGAAACCAUUUCCCAAGCGUAUUUAGGCAGGUGGCCCACUCUGUUCAUUUUUGAGGGUGGGGGUGGGGUUUCUGCUUUGGCCGGGGAACACCAGAAACAGGGCUCUUGACAUCUUCAGUCCUCACAGCCACCUUUCCCUCUUGUCUAGGAUUUCUUCCUUAGUCCUUCCUGGCCUUUGGCCCCUUGAAAAGAAUAGUUAAAUGGUAGGGCAGUCCUCCCCAGCCAUACUGAUGUGUACAUACAUGUGCACACAAGCAUCUCCCCUUCCAGCACCUUGAUCUUAGGUUAGCGCCAUCUCUGGACUCACUUAAAAUAGACCUGCAGUUUGGCCGGCCCUCUCGGUAUCUGACCCACAGGUAGUAGGACAGUCUAGAAGACUGGCUCCCCUAUUUAUGAGCUAGGAAAGAACCAGGUUCUGUAGGCUGACCGUUACAGUGAUGAGGUUUCCGAAUGUUUAUUCCUGUUUAAAAAGUGCAACUUCCCACACAUAGUCAGCCUUGGGUACAACUGGGUAGCUGGUAGCAACUGCCUUGGAGGCUCUGUGGCACUCUCUUGGAAGUAGCUGUCCUUGAACAUUUAAAGCCUGUUCAGGCCAGAUCUUCUGUGCCGACCAUUAGCAUCCGCCCAUCUGUUCUAGCACUUCCUGGCAGCCCCUCUUCUUGAGGGGUCCACCUGGACAGGGAACUGCUGAUCCGACUGCUGGCCGAGCCAUGCACCACUGCACAGGGUUUGCUCCCAGUAGCCACCCUCGUUCUUCACACAGGCUUUUUUAAUGGUGAGGGAGAAGGUAUAAUUUGGGAUUCCACAGUGCCUUGCAUACAGUAGGCGCCCAAUACCUAUUUGUUGAAGCAAAUCAAGUUCCUUGUUCCCACAGUGACCAAGGCAUCUUCCUCCUCUGAAGGGCUUGGCGGUUGUGGCUAAAAACUAAGCAUCAUUAUUUGCUCGAAACCAUAUUUACAAUUUGUAUGAAUUUCGGUAUAUUGCCAAGAUGGGAUCUUUUUCCUAUUGUAUUUUCUGUAAAUAUUUCUGCCACUGACUUGUAAAGUAAAGGAGAUGUAAAUAUGAA